AUGAAGCUCGCAUUGGUUCUUUUUGGGCUCAAUGCUAUCCACAAUGCUGGGAUUGUUUCUGCUUCUCCAGUAAAAAGCUGGUCAUCGAGGUUCCAGGCAUCGCCGCACGCAGUGGAAAUGUUUAAUGCCGCCAUUGAAUGGAAUGACGAGUAUUGGGACGAUGAGGCCGGCUAUCUGGUCACCUCGGCCAGUAGUCCUGGACGCUAUGAUAGUCGGCACACGGCCUGGUAUGCGCCUCAAUUGCUAGCUAGGAACGGACCGGGCGAUGUCAAAAAAGCCAUUCGUAUAUUUGACAAUGUCAUCGCUGGUCAAUAUCUCGAUCCAUCCAAACAGUGGUAUGGGGACUAUCAACAAGCGCCUUCGGAGCCGGAGCCUGGGACCCUGAAAUAUCCCGAUGAUGGUCCAUACAGCUCGUGGGAUCCAAACAUCCGCGAUUUCGUGGGUUGUGCCUGGAUUGUAGCCUUGAAUGAUUAUGGUCACUUGCUUCCAGCAGCGACGGUCGCCAAGGUGGAAAAUUCCUUGCAUAUUGCUGCCAAGGGCGAUCUCUAUCGUGUCGGGGGAGUCAACGGCGACAAUUCUUAUCCCUGUUACUCAAAUCCCUGGUUGAUGCGAACCAUUCUCCACAACUGGGUUGGUGCCCGAGUCGGAGAUGCAAAUUUGACCAAGUCUGGUGAGAUCUUCGCACAGGACAUCUAUGAUCUCUGGAGUGUGCAUCACACAUUGUCUGAAUUUAAUUCUCCGACAUACGCUGGCGUUGCCAUGUGGGCACUGGCUCUAUGGAACCAGUAUGGCACAAGUGACAGUUUGUUGAAGAAGUAUGGACCGGAGAUGCUCAAAUACAGCUGGGAAGAACUCGCUCAGCUCUAUAACGCAAAUCUAAAAAAUCUUGCUGGCCCUUGGGAUCGCUCAUAUGGCUAUGAUAUGAAGGAAUAUGCAUCUCUUACUGGCGCUGUUAUUUGGGGUGUCGUUGGCCGCAAGCACGCCCCCGUCCCUCAGCAGGAUCUAGGGAUGUUUCAUCAAGAUGAUUUCGCGUUUUACCCUCUAUUCGCUCUAUCAAUGCCUGAAAUGGUAAAGUCCAUGCCUUCAAAAGUGAAGAAAAAUUUGCUCAAAUUCCCUGGCGAGCAUAUGUAUACUUCGCAGGCUUACUCGCCACCCUUCGAUACUUAUCCUCGCAAUAUCACAGCUUGGAUGUCCAAGGACGUGACCAUUGGCGCAGAAACGGUUAUGGAGAAAGUUGCGGGAGGUCCCAGUAUCAACCCCGGUCAAUUCAAUCCUGCCGUUAUUCAGUGGGCUAUUGAUGAUCAGAAAAUUGGCUGCAUUUCACACUGGGUCACAGAGUCAUCUAUCCAUGCCGUGGCCGCCCCUCGAUCUUUGCACAUCUCAUAUCCAAAUGCAACAUCUGCGCAAGGUCCGGUUUCUUUCAACUUCCUGUUCAGUGGUCUUACGAUCAACAACGGGUUCAAUGUAACUGGACUAGAAGUUCUACCUGGUUUAAACGUCAAGGUCUCGACAAAUGCGAACCCGGAUUAUACGCUUACUUACAAUGCCGAUCACUCUUUUAACGAAUUUGCGUUUUACAACGUCACAUAUACGAUGGCCGAGGGUUUCACCGAGAUGCCAUUUGUGACUCUUGAGAUACUAGUUUGA